UAAGUAUUUAAAAAAACCUUUUGCAAAUGUAGCUUUAGAUCUUUUUUAUUCAAGCUUAUACUAUACGCAGUAUGUAACUGAUUCAUUGAAACAUGUAAAGAUAUAUACGUCUGCAUAAAAACCUUUGGUAAUCUUGCUGGACCAAAUUAGUUACCUUAAAACAGUUAUAUGGCGGCCGCUGUUUUGCAAGAAAAUGUCAGCAUUGAUCAAGGGAGUGACCACGGGUUUUUUGAAAUACAAGACCAGGACCAAGCGUUUGAACUGGACGAUGACGUAUUUUGUGAGGAAGUGGUUCAAGAAAACCGGGAAGAUGACGUAUCAGAACAAGACGGAAUUUCUGAGCUGCAGCAGCGUGGUGCAUUUGAAGUCCGAGAUCGAGCAGGGACGUCUCUCUCUUCCGGAUUUGUGAGUAAUGGCGGUGGAGGCAAUUCCGCUAUUCUUGAUCCCGCUUUUAAAACUGCAAACGUGGACGGCGAAAAGGCCUUAAAAAAUGUUAGGAAAAUUAAAGACGUGUCCUCCCAAACUGACUUUCCGAUUUGUGACUCUAUGAACAAAGACGAAAACAAGACGCCCAAAGUUACCUUCAGGUCGAAAAGCAAUCUGGAGAUUUCAAGAAAUUUCUGCUGGCGACAUGACGCAUAUGGAUCUGUUGUGCUUCCCAGUGCGAGACCGACAACGCCGAUUUCCCCGAGAGAGCACUCGAUAUCUGCAAGCUUAAAUACCUUAGAUUCCUCAUCCGUACGAGUCAAUUUUCGACACAAAUCUUGCGAUAUUUGCAAAGACGAAGAAAACAAACGUAUUGACUUGAAGAGCCGAAAAGAAUCUGUUAUCCUGAAAAAGAUACCUGCUGGGCCGUCCGUUGCAAUGGUUAAAAACUGUUCCCCAAACUUGCUUGCGAAUGAAUUGCCAAGAUGUUCUUCGCUGUGGACCGAAAGUCGAACGUUCUAUCUCGGAGCAGACGUCAAUACGAUUCCUAGGCCCAGGCAGAACUCAAGUCUGUCAAGACGAACAGAUAUUGGAAUUUUGAAAUCUAAGGCCAACAACGAUAUGUUUACUUACGGUUGCGACACAGAAGCAACUUGUAAGACUACGGCAAAUUCCAAUUCACCCCAUUCUUUUUGGAUCCGAUCUGUUUCCGUUUCAUCUGGGUUUCCAACACCGCGCUUUUCAAAGCAUAAUGAAGUUCCGCGAAGAAAACGAGACUGGAUUCUCGUGCAAUGCGUUACGAAAUACACAUCGAGAAUAAUUUGUUCUGCCGAGCCAAUGCCUAAAUUAAGCUAUCACGAAAUUGGUUGCCAGGAGAUGGUUUUAUGUCCUGCUAUGCUAAGAUCUGUUGAAUAUAUUGAAGAUGUGUGCUGCCAGCAUUUUAACAAAUCUUCAAAAGAAGAAACUCUUCAAAGCGGUCGCACGGUGGAGCUGUUGUUCUCCGCAAAAGGGCCGGUGGUUCGCGACGACAAGCACUUAACCGGUCGGAGCAUUUUUUACUUUUGCUUCGAUGAGCCGCUGGAAAACAGGCGCCGAUUAUGCGCCGACUGCGUGGCGGCAAGGGCGGCGGUUCCGACCCCCACAAACGACAACGUUUUCACGGCGAAAGAGCCAAAAGAUAAAAAGAAAGAAAAAAGUUCGAGACAACCAAAAACGUACAAGACAUCGAAAGAAGACGACAUGAAAAAAUCUGUGACUUUUGCGGAUCAACAAUCAGCUGAAGUUAAACCACCAACAGACGAUAAAACGACGGACAACGACUUACGGAAACGACGAGCGACAUUACCUCCACCACCACCUAGACUUCUACACACGGAGGAAGAAGAUGAGAUUGUUGGACGAAGAAGAACUAGAAGGGAAAGCGUCGCGAUUUCGUUUGGAAAUGAUGUUUCAAAACCAGCAGAGGAGAAGCCAGCAGCUCCUAAACCUACGGCCAAAGUAAAGGCUUAUAUUCAACCAGAAUGGGAGACAAUCAAAGUAACAGUCGUAUUUAAAGAAGAAAAAUACGCAGAGAAUUUUCUAGAAUACAAAACUCUUCAGGACAUUUACGUUUGGUUGCGCCAAGCACUGUUGAAAAGCGAUGCCUUGACACCUGGAGCCGAACUUAUUCUGGCUGCUGACAAUCUUAAGUUUCCGCUAAAAGCAAACACCGCCAACCAUACAGUUGCUAGCUUAUCGACACAUACGUUUCAUUGCGAGGAGUUAUUACAGAAGUCCAAAGGCGGCGGAUUUGGCGAAACUACCAGUCGAUUCGACACAAGAUUUUCGUUCCCAAUCGACGCUAGAAUGUUAGAAGGUCUUACACCAGUCCAGUAUUUAUCCAAAUACUGUAUUGUAAGCGGCACUUGGCGAGCUUUCUACCGAAAUGUCUUCAUGCAAAACGACAGAGAUAGAGACGGAAAAAUCACUUACAAAGAACUCACCAAUGCUAUGGAAAGAUUGUUCGUCGAGCUGGCUCAUCCAAUAAUGCAAAGAGUUUUGUUCCUUAUGGGUGCAGACCCGUUGUCGUCCAAGCCAGAAUACUGGGAUCGAAAUUCUUUCGUUCUUCCGCAAAGAGCUGAACCGGGACAGGAAAAGUUAAAAACUUGGCAAAAAGCGUUGUCCAUCGAUUCGGAGACCUUCGUUUGUUUGUGUGCGCUUGCUAACAGGAUAAUCUGCAGAGAAAAACAAAUAGAAGGAAUCCCAGUUGACGAAAUCAUACAAACCAACAACCAUCUAGAAGAUGCAGACUUUUACAACAUCGAACAAAAACUAAAGGAAUGUAAACUUGAACCACUUACAAAACGCCUGCUGCUUUAUAUUCGAAAAUAGCGAGUAACUGUAUCGUUUAAAUUUGUAAACCUAAAGAUUUUUUUACUUUAACCUAAAGAUUUUUUUACUUUCUUCAGCGAUGGCGCUAAAGAUUUAAAAAUGGACGUUCUGUAGAACACGUUCAAAGAUAUUCAAUUUAUACACCAUUUUAUACAAUUUUUUAAGUUGUUAUUUUUUUCAGGCAAUAUCGGUCAUGUAGUUGUGCACAAUUUGUUUUAUUUCGCUUUGUUUUGAGCUGGUCUUUAAAUGUUUUCAUAUUUUUGUACCUGUCCGCCUUCCAACAUAUACAUGCAGUAUUAAACUUCAUACAAAAUAAGUAAAUGCAAUUGCACUCUAAAGGCUAUUUGUACCUUUAUAUGGUAACAGCUGAUCACUAAGCAGGUCUUAUAGUCUUAAAUAACAACAUGUAGUAAAUAUGUCGAAUGCAAAAUACAAAGGUUCAAGGUCUGUUAACUCCAGCGAGUGUUUCUCGUCAAUAAUUAGCUGUAAGUAAGCGGUUUUACAAAUUCCGACGCAAUUUCUCAACACUAUAUUGUUGACUACAGUACACCGUAAGAACCAAAUAAGUCUCUGCUUGUUUUUCGGUUUUAAGUCCAACCUUUUGACUUCAUUGACUAGACCUCGGCAACCGUUAAGUGCAGCAUGCUUUUGUAUAUAGUAGGGUGGGGGAGACAG